GCGCCGAGAUGGCGGCCCGCGGCGCCGAUAAGUUCUCGGUGCUGCUGCCUACAUACAACGAGCGGGAGAAUCUGCCUCUUAUCGUCUGGCUGCUGGCGCGCACCUUCCAGGAGAGUGGAAACAACUACGAAAUUAUCAUCAUAGAUGAUGGAAGCCCGGAUGGGACACAGGAAAUUGCUGAACAGUUGGAAAAGAUAUAUGGAUCUGAUAAAAUACUUCUAAGACCCAGAGCAAGAAAACUGGGGCUUGGGACUGCUUACAUCCAUGGAAUGAAGCAUGCGACUGGAAAUUUUAUUGUUAUUAUGGAUGCUGACCUCUCUCACCACCCCAAAUUUAUUCCAGAGUUUAUCAGAAAGCAGAAAGAAGGCAAUUUUGAUAUUGUAUCUGGAACAAGAUAUAAAGGAAAUGGAGGAGUAUAUGGCUGGGAUUUGAAAAGAAAAUUAAUCAGUCGUGGUGCCAAUUUUCUAACUCAGGUUUUGCUGAGACCAGGUGCAUCGGACUUAACAGGGAGUUUCAGGUUAUACAGAAAAGAAGUGUUACAGAAACUCAUGGAAAAAUGUGUUUCAAAAGGAUAUGUCUUCCAGAUGGAGAUGAUUGUUCGGGCUAGACAGUUAGGAUAUACUAUUGGAGAGGUUCCUAUUUCAUUUGUGGACCGUGUCUAUGGAGAAUCUAAACUGGGAGGCAAUGAAAUAAUCUCCUUCUUAAAGGGACUCUUGACCUUGUUUGCUACAACAUGAUAGUUGAUCCUAACUUAACUUUUUUAGAAAAACAUUUUCUGACAUUGGUGUGUUUUUUAAUAUGUAACAGCAGAAGCUUAAUGUGUGUUGACCAGAAGACCUUCUAUAAACUAACAGUUAAACAAACCACCAAUAAUUAACUAUGUUGUAUCCCCCAAAUGCUCCUUUAAAAAUAAAUGAAUUGUAUGUUAAACUAAAAACUAAUAAAGACUAAUGCUUUAAUCUAUUUUUGUAAAAAAAUAAUGAAGUCCUAAUAAAGAACACAACACUAAAUGA